AUAAUCAACCUAACAAUUUAGAAGAACGUAAGCCUCCUGUAUCCAUCUGUAGGGCUGCUUGACGUAAAUGAACAUACCAGUUGUCUUUAAGCAGCCUAUGUGGCACGUACAUUUGGAGGACUCCCACCAUGUGCAUAGGCUUACAGGAGAACCAGGCAGACAAGGUAACGGCCUGAAACGGUGUCGACGUGGAGACGAAGCACACCUCUAUUACAUGGGUCAUGAUGCCCCUCAGGGCGAGUACACCCACACCCACCCACACGCGGCAACCCCCCCGACCCCCCAUGGUUUGUCAUUAUGGCCGUGUUCUGGCGAAUCACCCUGAGUGGCCGUGCGUGGUGGACAGCUUUGGGAGGGGCUUUGGCAGCUAAAAGGUAUUAGGCUUUCGGCUCGCUGAGUUAUUGUAGUCCCGUCUGCUUUCUAGAACGGAUGGUCAUGAUGAUGGAACGUGGUGCGUGGAGUGUUCCGUUGGUUCUGCUGCUUCUGGGAUGUAAUGUCCUCAGCCACGUUCUGGCCCAAGAGGUGGGGGUGUCUGAGUCGUGGACUGGCCGGGCCUGUAAGUGUGACUGUGAGGGGGGGGAGCCUCCUACUGAGUUCACCUCCUAUGGUUCCCCCUCUAUGGUCCGCGGACAGGACUGUAUGCCAGAGUGUCCGUACCACAAGCCUCUUGGAUUUGAGGCUGGUUCUGUGAGUUUGGACCAGAUCUCCUGUUCUAACCAGGACCAGUAUUCUGGUUGGUUCUCCUCUUGGACCCCUGGCAAGGCCCGCCUCAACAGCCAGGGCUUUGGGUGUGCGUGGCUGUCUAAGUUCCAGGACAGCAGCCAGUGGAUCCAGGUGGACCUGAGGGAGGUGAAGGUGGUGUCAGGGAUCCUCACCCAGGGACGCUGCGAUGCGGAGGAGUGGAUCACCAAGUUCAGCGUCCAGUACCGCACAGACGAGAAGCUCAACUGGGUCUACUACAAGGACCAGACCGGCAACAACCGGGUGUUCUACGGGAACUCAGACCGUUCUUCCUCCGUGCAGAACCUGCUGCGCCCGCCCAUCGUGGCGCGCUACAUCCGCCUGCUGCCGCUGGGCUGGCACACACGCAUCGCCUUGCGCCUGGAGCUGCUGCUCUGCAUGACCAAGUGCAGCUAAACCCUGAGCCCUGACCUCGUCCCCCCCCCCCUCCUCCUUCCUAAACUCUGACCUUUGACCGUAACCCCAGAGCUGCUGCUCUGCAUGACCAAGUUCAGCUAAACCCUGACCCCUGACUUCCACAGAGAUUGCCCUCCUUCAUGAGCUAUGCAGCAUCUACUGCUAGUCGCCAUGUUUCACACUGUGAUAAAGUUGGUUUCCAAACCGUAUAAUACUCAAACUUGCCCCGACCCACACUUUCUGACCUCUUGAUAUUGUAUCCUCUUCUCGCUGUGAUUUUUGUGGGAAAAUGUCCCUGUUCUGUUUUCAAGGUGCUUUUUAAUCCUUCUCUAACUCUGAUGUAAUAAGUUUGGCCUUCCAAUUUUCCAAUUUGGAAAGGAGAGCGAGUGAGAAAGAAUGGAAGAGAGCAGGAAAGAAAGAUGGCGAGAGAGAGAUAGAGAGGCCAAGACAGGCUUGAGGCUGAUGUUGUUGUUAUUGGGUGUUGUGUUAGCGUGCAGUUUGUGACAGUGACAUAGAACGUACUCCUGUUUCCCAUGGUGCUUUGCAGUUGUAUUGUUUUUGUAUCAGGUGUGAAUGUAACCUCAGGUUCACCAGAAAACCUUUUUACCUUAAAUAAACACCAACAUCUAUGAGUUA